UUGGCUACCGGUCCUGAGGCUUCUUAUUGGCUGCAGUUGGCACUCGCUGCAGGAACUAGGUGACCGGUCACCGAGAAGAGCUCCAGCACAAGAAGCCGGACAUUGGGAAGGAUCGUGUGCCCUGAGGUGUCCAGCAUGCUGCCAAACACUGGGAGACUCGCAGGAUGUACUCUGUUUAUCACCGGUGCCAGUCGUGGCAUUGGAAAAGCUAUUGCCUUAAAAGCUGCCAAAGAUGGUGCUAAUGUGGUCAUAGCAGCCAAAACUUCAGAACCGCACCCUAAGCUGCCAGGAACCAUCUACACCGCAGCUGAGGAAAUUGAAGCUGCUGGUGGAAAGGCUUUACCAUGCAUUGUCGAUGUGAGAGAUGAAAAUCAGAUCAGCCAGGCAGUGGAAAAGGCGGUGAAAACAUUUGGAGGUAUAGACAUCUUGAUAAAUAAUGCUAGCGCCAUUAGCCUGACCAGCACUCUGGAUACUCCAAUGAAAACGGUUGAUCUCAUGAUGGGCAUCAAUACUAGAGGAACCUAUCUUACAUCAAAAGUCUGCAUCCCUUACUUGAAAAGAAGCAAAGUAGCACAUAUCCUCAAUCUCAGCCCUCCUCUGAACCUGAACCCAGCCUGGUUCAAAAAUCACUGUGCGUACACUAUGGCAAAGUAUGGAAUGUCCAUGUGUGUUCUUGGGAUGGCCGAAGAAUUUAAGGGGGAAAUUGCUGUCAAUGCUUUGUGGCCUAAAACGGCUAUACAUACAGCUGCUAUGAAUAUGCUAGGAGGAUCAGGGGUGGAGAAGCAGUGCAGGACCACUGACAUCAUAGCUGAUGCUGCAUACUCCAUUUUGACCAAGCCAAAGAAUUAUACAGGAAACUUUGUAAUUGAUGAGGAGUUACUGAGAUCUGAGGGGAUCAAGGAUUUUGAUGUCUAUGCAGUAUCUCCAGGACAUCCAUUGCUUCCAGAUUUCUUUUUAGAUGACGCUCCAGAUGAGCUCACCAGUAAAAUGGAGAAGUUUGGAGGGUCUGCAGCUUUCAAGGAGGGUAAACAAGUGGCCUCAAGUCCCAGUAGUCCUGUGGAGGAAACGUUUGCUGUUAUUGGAAAAUCUAUCAAUGAGGAGGCUGUCAAGUCUGUAAAUGGAGUUUACCAGUUUGUGCUUGCAGGUUCAGAUGAAGGCACAUGGUAUAUGGAUCUGAAAAAUGACAAGGGUGGCGUUGGAAAAGGUGAACCACCUAUCAAAGCAGAUGUGGUGAUGAGUAUGGAUAGUGAGGACUUUGUAAAGAUGUUUACAGGUAAACUGAAGCCUACAAUGGCAUUCAUGUCGGGAAAGCUGAAGAUUAAAGGAAACAUGGGUCUGGCAAUGAAACUGGAAGCACUUAUGGGCCGGAUGAACUCAAAGUUGUGAUUUUGCUAUGUAAAGUUGUUUUAUAUGGAAAUUUCAGAAAAGGGAUGAAAUUACUUGACUACGGGCUUCACUACAGAAGAAUAUGCUGUGAAAGAGAAACUGAAAAUUCUAGACUAUCCAAUACAGAGUUAACCAAAAUAGAAAUUUGUACAUGACUUUCUUGUAUUAAUAGUUUUGCAAGGAGGGCAUGAAUACAUUGAACAGAUUUAUUGACUCACUAUACCAAUAUAGAAUACUGUACACUUAUCAAUACUUCAUUGAAUUAACAAUAUGGUAAGACAACUUUUUUUUUUCUCCAGCUAUUAAAGAACGAGAUCUGCAGAUCUG